AUGGGAGGAUUAUAUUUGUUGGAUUAUGGAGCAGGAAAUGUUCGUAGUUUAGUUAACGCUGUUAAUAAGUUGGGUUAUGAGAUUGAAUGGAUUAAAGAACCUGGUGAUAUUUUAAAAGCUGAAAAAUUAAUAUUUCCGGGAGUAGGAGCAUUUGGUAGUGCAAUGCAGUUACUUGUAGAGAAAAAUUAUGCAGAACCUUUAAAACAAUUUAUUGCAUCGGGAAAACAAUUUAUGGGAAUUUGUGUUGGAUUACAAGCAUUGUUUGAAGGAUCAGAAGAAAAUCCGAAUAUAUCAGGAUUGGGAAUUAUUCCUGGUACAGUUAAAUUAUUUAAUAAAGACGAUAAAGUAGUACCACAUAUGGGAUGGAAUGAAGCAAAUUGCAUAAAAGAGAUUAAAUAUAAAAAUGAACUAGGACAAGAUAUUCAUUGUGGAAUUAAACCAGGAAGCGUUUAUUAUUUCGUUCACUCCUAUGCUGUACCCUAUAAUCAAAAGAUUAAAGAAUGGAUAUUAUCUACUACUCAAUAUGGGGAUGAAAUUUUUAUUAGUUCAAUUCAAAAAGAUAACGUUUUUGGUACACAAUUUCAUCCCGAAAAAAGUGGGUAUGCCGGUUUGAGAAUUUUAAAAUCAUUUUUAGAAAGUAGUGGUAAUAAUAAUUUGGUCGUUGUUGAUGAUAAAAAGAUCAUAAUGAAAAAUCCUACAAUAUUACCAAAAGACAGAUUUAGAAAAAGAAUUAUAGCAUGUUUAGAUGUCCGUACAAAUGAUCAUGGUGAUUUGGUAGUGACUAAAGGUGAUCAAUAUGAUGUACGUGAACGUACUACAGAUAACACUAAUGGACAAGUUAGGAAUCUUGGUAAACCUGUUGAUCUAGCUCGUAGAUAUUUUGAUGAAGGAGCUGAUGAGAUUACCUUUUUAAAUAUUACAAGUUUUCGCAAUUGUCCUUUAGUUGAUUUACCAAUGUUGGAAAUUUUAAAACGUACAUCAGAAACAGUUUUUGUUCCUUUAACCAUUGGUGGUGGUAUAAGAGAUAUUAUAGAUCCUGAUGGCAAAUUUCAUUCGGCUCUUGAAGUUGCUGGUGAAUAUUUCAGAUCUGGCGCUGAUAAAGUUUCAAUUGGUAGUGAUGCUGUUUAUGCAGUAGAAAACUAUUUAGCUAAUAAUAAAAUAUUAUCUGGUAGAACUGCCAUUGAAACUAUCGCUCAUGCUUAUGGUUCUCAAGCUGUAGUAAUAUCUGUAGAUCCUAAAAGAAUUUACGUAAAUUCUCCGGAUGAUGAACCAAAUCAUCAUGUAAUUAAGACUUCUUAUCCUGGUCCUAACGGAGAACCUUGGUGUUGGUAUCAAUGUACUGUGAAAGGUGGUCGUGAAGGAAGAGAUAUUGAUGUUCAUCAACUUGUUACCUCUUGUGAAGUUAUGGGUGCUGGUGAAAUUCUUCUUAAUUGUAUGGAUAAAGAUGGUACAAAUUCUGGUUAUGAUUUAGAGUUAAUAAAUGAUGUUAAGAAGGCUGUGAGGAUUCCUGUUAUUGCGUCAAGUGGAGCUGGAAAAGAAGACCAUUUUGCUGAAGUUUUUGCUAAAACUAAUGUAGAAGCUGCUCUUGCUGCUGGAAUAUUUCAUCGUCGGGAAAUUCCAAUUAAACAUGUUAAAAAUUAUUUAAAGGAAAGAUAUAUUUUAAUUAGAGAUGAAGAUCCUUCACUCUAA